AUGGAGGAAGAAGAAGCCAAAGAGCAACUCUGGACGGCGAGACAGGCCCAGGUCGCGGAAGAUAGAGCUGCGGAGAGGGCGAGGCUGACCAGACUUGGAAACUUGGCCAUUGACCAUAUGAAUAAGCAUCGAACUCUCCUCAACGAAGCUGACAAGGAGGACGACAUCGCCAAGAAGAGGUAUGCCUCCUGCAUCAUGCGCAAAGAUGCAGAGCAGCUCGUGAUCAUAGGCAAGAUCCUAUGCGACUGUAAUGGGGCCGGCAAGCAUUUUUGGGACACUGGCGAGGAGCAUCGGCGCCUUCUUCGUGAUGCAUUCAACAUUGACGUGGAUCAAGAGAUGAUCAACUUGAUGGUCGACGGUUGGACGUCGCAUUGGAAGACAAGGGACCUGAUCACUGGUCGGGGCUGGGAUCUUUCUGAAAAGAUGCAAGACAUGCCAGUCACGCCAGAGAUUGUCUCGAUGCCACAUUCUGACUUGACAAACGCCAAGUGGUGGGAUGUUCUCAUGCAGGUCCGUGGAUACGACGAAAAGGCUAAUUGUGCGUUCUGCGGCGAGGCUCCGGCUAUUGGCGCUGUACUGCAGAUCUGUGGAUGUGAGUAUCGGGACGACCUCACACUCGUUGCAUACAAUAAUCCUGCGCCGUUCCAUCAAAAGCCUGCGUUUCCCGAUUUUCUCUUCCUUCCACAAAAUCUGGACGUCAACCACUCUCCCUGGACUCAGCUCGCAAUGGCAACCAUCGACGCCACCGAGCGUACGAGACUGAUGAAGCUCGGCAACCUGUUGGUCUUUGUCCAAGCUGUAUCGUCUCAGGAGAUCAUCGAGACUGUCAUCAUGCAGGCCGAUGCGACACGAUUGCUCGGUCUAGGCAAGCUCCUGGGCGAGGACGGCAAAGCCCUCACCGAGGCGGGCGACAAAGGCGCAUUCUUCCUGGAGUUCUAUCACGGCAUGAACAUUUCUCCCAGCGAGAUCGACUCCCUUACGAGCCUCUACCAGCAGCGGCAAGCGAGCCCUACAGCUACAGCGGGAAUGGAACACCCGACUCACGAAUUGACGGAUACGGACAAGUACUUCGUCUCCUUCGCCGAGGACUUCCUUCGAGUAUGCAAUGCGGAUCCAAAGCCGAAGUGCGUGUUCUGCAAUGACCGUCCGGGAAAGGGGAAAGCCUUGAUGGCUUGUGGUCGUUGCAAGGAUGCUUUGUACUGCGAUAAGUUGUGUCAGCGGCUCGAUUGGAAGAAGGGUCACAAGACGGAGUGUAAGGAUACGAUGGCGAAGGUCAAGGAGAGUAGUGAGGCUGAUGCUGAGUGA